CCCGUACUGCUUGCGGGCUGCCGGGCGACAUCUGCGAAGUAGCGUGCGAUACGUCUGCUCCGUUCUGCUUGUAGGAGGCUAAGAUAACGGUUAUGCUUUUUACUGAGAGAUGCAAUGCCUGCCAAACGUUAUUUGGAGUCUUAAAUGCAGUGGGAGGGCACGUUUGGGCUGCAGUUGGAAAAUCGGUGUAUCUUUUCCGUGUUCCUAUUUGCUUUUGCAGUAUGGAUUUAUAAAUACGUGUCUGAAGUCUUUGGUGGUUGAUAAGUAUGGUGAAGAAAUAUGGGAAAAAUUAAGACUCCAGGCUGGGGUUCAGGAUAGUUUCUUGACUUUUGGAGUUUACAAAGAUGAGAUCACGAUGCAACUUGUUGACAAAGCCUGCAAAAUAUUAGGUGUUCCUGCUGAUAUGGUUCUGAGAGAGUUUGGAGAGUAUUUCUUUGAAUUUUGUAAACGUUCAGGAUAUGACCACAUGCUGAGAACACUGGGUGGAAAUUUGUAUGAGUUCAUAGAGAACCUGGAUGCAUUACACAGCUACCUGUCCCUGUCUUACCAGGAGAUGAAUGCACCAUCUUUUAGAGUAGAAAAGAAUGAAGACGGGUCAAUGCAUUUACAUUACUAUUCAGAUAGAAGAGGUCUGUACCAUAUUGUGCCAGGAAUCAUCGGUGCAGCAGCUCUGGAUUUUUUUAAUAUUGAGAUUUCAAUGGAAAUAGUCAAUCAAACGGAAGAAGAAGAAAGAACUGGGAAAAAAGAGCAUAUUGUUUUUCUCGUCACUCAAAACCCUGUACUUUCAUAUAAAGAAAGAAAGAAAUUUUCUUUCUCACCUCAAUAUCUCGCUGACUCUGAAAAACAAAAUGAUACUCAAUUGAACGAUAAGGAUCUUGAGAAAUCAGAGAACGCUAUUAGAGGAGGCUCGGUUUGUCCUGUCAAGAAAAGUCACUGGAAAACAAUAAGAGGAAUAAUCACAUUAGGAAAAGGUAAACUCCUGAGAGGGUUUGACCCUGUUUAUCCCAAGACUCUCUGGAUUGACACAAAAACAUUUUGCAAUGGGCUUCCUUUUCAUAUGGUUUUUGACAAAGAGCUCAGAGUGAAGCAAGCUGGGGUGAGCAUUCAAAAGAUCGUACCUGGCCUUCAGACCAUGGGCAUCUGCCUGGAUCACUAUUUCAGUAUCGUUCACCCAGAAGUACCCUUCACCAUCUCUAGCAUUCAGAAAUUUAUCAACAGCCAAUUUGUUUUCCAGACCAAGAGAGAAAUGAUGCCAGAGUCAUGGAAACAACGGCCAAUGCUAGAGCUGAGAGGCCAGAUGAUCUGGAUGGAGUCUCUGCAGUGCAUGCUCUAUCUCUGCUCACCUUUACUUCGCACUUUACAUGAGCUGGAGGAGCGACAGAUGCAUAUUGCAGACAUUGCACCUCAUGACGUGACCAGGGAUUUGAUUCUUCUCAAUCAGCAGCGACUGGCAGAGAUGGAGCUCUCUAACCAGCUGGAGAGGAAGAAGGAAGAACUGCGGGUACUGUCAAAGCACCUGGAAGAAGAGAAGAAAAAGACUGAAGCUCUGCUCUACGCCAUGCUUCCUCAACAUGUAGCAAACCAGCUGAAAGAGGGGAAGCGAGUUGAGGCAGGAGAAUUCCAGGAGUGCACCAUAUUAUUCAGUGAUGUUGUGACCUUUACCAACAUUUGUGCCCAAUGUGAGCCUAUUCAGAUAGUUCUCAUGUUAAAUUCAAUGUACCUGCAGUUUGACAGACUGACCACAGUGCAUGAUGUAUACAAGGUGGAGACAAUUGGAGAUGCCUACAUGGUAGUAGGUGGAGUCCCUGUGCCUGUAUCCACUCAUGCUGAGCGAGUUGCUAACUUUGCCUUGGGGAUUAUUAUAGCAGCUAAAGGAGUACAGAACCCAGUUUCUGGAAAUCCAAUCCAAAUUAGAGUUGGGAUCCAUACAGGUCCUGUCUUGGCUGGAGUUGUUGGAGAAAAGAUGCCUCGUUAUUGCUUGUUUGGAGACACAGUGAAUAUAGCUUCCCGCAUGGAGAGUCAUGGUGUCCCAAGUAAAAUUCAUCUAAGCUCCAGUGCCUAUCACUGUCUAAAAUACAAAAAUUUUGAGAUGACAGAAAGAGGAGAAAUAGAAGUGAAAGGCAAAGGAAAGAUGCAUACAUACUUCCUCGUUAGAAAUAAAACUGCAUGUGAGAAUGAGAUUAUGGGAAGGCCAAUAAAAGACUUAGAUUCUGGCCGUGAAUCUGCUCAGUCCUUUCAAGAAGACAGGGCUGAGAUGGUGCCGAGUUCUCAUCAGACAGUUACUCAUAAUCAGCCAGAGAAGGACCAGACCACAGCCAUUGCAAUGAAGUAUCUUGACGCGCCCACAGAUGCACAAAACAGCCUCAAAAGAAGAAAUCAAGCAAAAAUUGCAGAUUUAACAGGCAAAAGUUACAAUUCAAAAAGCUAUGGGAGUCUCCCUGGAAACCAGCAUUCAGAUGAUGCUCCUUGUCCUCUAAACAGGGGAAGAGUCAAACCAGAUACUGAAGAGCCACAGAUUAGAAACGUUCGCUCCAAUUUUUGCAAUUUGCUCUAAGUUUCUGACUUUUUACAUUAAUCAGAGCAUUUUUAUUAUUAUUUAGUCAUUUUCUUUUUUGGGACCAAUUUUCUAUAUGAAAUUCUACAUCAUUUUGUUAAAAACCAAAAAGACAGAAAAGACAUUUCAUCACAAUGUUCAGCAAAAAGAAUGGAACGUGAUUUUUUUUUAACCAAUCUGCACAUGUCAUAUGAUACUCCCAGUGGAGAGUGAAACCACCACAAGAUAUGUUGAAGAUGCAUUUUUCAGCUUCUCCCAUUUCUUUGAAUAUCUCUACGUAAAAAUGACUGGUAUCUCACGCAGCAAUAGGGGAAGAGGUGAGUCAUGCAACUAGAAAUGUUCAUAAGCAAGCAAGCAAGCAGUUGCACUAAAAGAAACAUUCCCUGAAGUGACCAUCUGUCUUGACUUCAGCACAGCCAACAACCUCCUUGAGUAAGGUCAGCAGAAUUUGAUCUAUUCUAUCUAUUUAACUAUGUUGACAAUUAAUCUCUACUGAGUCUUUUGCUGAGGAAAAGCACUAUGCAGUAAAAGUGCAGAAUAAAUUUCUAUAUAACAUAGCUUAUAUUUUUAUCCUGAGGAGACAAUACUGCCUACUUUGUGGCACGUAACAAUAAAAAACAUAAAACAAUCUAUGAUCUUUGAAUCAGCUGUGUAUGCUGUACUUAGAAGAUUUAAGAAGGAAAUACACAUUGUGAAAUUAAGUGAUACUGAAUUCAUCUCAACACUGAAGGCCUGUUCAAGGCCAAUGAGCUAUCAGAGACCUUCCAACAAGCUUCAAGUUUAUUUCCUAUGGUCUCACUUCAGCUAAACAAAAAUAAGGCUUCAGAACUACACAGGGAGUAUAUCAAUGCUGAAAUUAAUGCUGCUAACAUCACUGAAAAUAACAGUGUUAAGGAUUAGCAUCGCUUACCUGGUGUCAUAGGCUCCCUUGCUGAGUUACUUCCAUUCUGAUAUAUUCUUAGAUUGCACCUAAUCAGAAAUAGCAGACAAAAAGAGUUCAGCUGUCAAGGAUGUAAGAUAGGGGAGCAAAAUAUAACUGAUAAAAAGACUGUGGACAGUCUGGCAUAUCAUAAAUCAUCCUCUUGUUCCUGUAUGUGGAGCUUGUAGUAGAUGGAAUGUACUGUGUUUUGGGUGAGUUUGACACGUGGUGCACCCUGCACACUGAUGUAUUAUCAUUGUGCGUGGAUUCAUUGUGUUAAGUAUACAAACAUGAGACCCAUUUGAACUUCCAGCAAGAACCCAGUGGACAAGUCUAUAAUGUGACUCCUCUGUUACAGUCUGGAGCAUCACAUUUCUGCCUCUGUGUCUGUGGCAGGAGCAAAGCCUUUUAAACACCAGAUGGAGAGGUAAGACUGAUGAAAGAAAUUGCCUCCUCUCUAUAGUACAGCAAGAUGAAAUUUCACCUGGUUAGGUUCUUUUUUAAAAUCCAUUAGACAGUAGCUGUUUUGACUGGGUGCUCUGUGGCUCUAUGAACAAACAGUGCAUGCAGACCAAUAUAGGAGGACGUGUAGGGUGAAACUGUCUGUGCUGCUCUCCACACAUUGGAUAUUUCAGAGGGCUUGCUCUUGUGGUAGCACACACAAAAUGCCUGUUAGCUUUUUGAGCACCUUACAAGUGCAUCUCUCGGCUUAUUUUCAUCUAGAAGAGAUCCAUUUGUGUGCUUUGAGACCACUGUAUGAUUUAAAAUGAAGUUCAGUUAGUAAGCAAAACUAGAAAUUCACUUAGAAAUGUAUUCUGGACACUGACUGAAACGCACUUAUAACUGCACCCUUUAAAAGCUUAGCACUUUCAGCAGUAAAACUGGGCAGCAUCAGUCUAGGAGAAUGGAAUUUUCUGACUGUCAGCAUUUAUUAAUGGUUUUAUUUAGAUGGAGUUUUCUAUCUAGACAUUGUUCAUUAUUGUGGAGAGGCUGAUGUAUGCUGUAGAGUGAAUAUACAUCUAAGCAUUACUAUUAUUAAACUGGGUACGAAGUUUCCGAACACUUGAUGGUGUUCUGCCCUCAGACACGAAAUGCCUGCAUUUCACCUUCAGACUUGGCAACUCCACCCCAUGUGGCACAGCUUCUGUUGUUCACGGCUUUGUAUUUUCAUGUUACCAACCUUAAAAACAGCUUUCCUAAGGAAGGCCAAUGCCUGAUUUCUUUCUCAUUCGCAGUGGUGUAAAUCUGCAGUAACAGUUAAGUCAGCACUAUCCCACUGAUUUAACUUGAAAAUUGACAAAAUUUUCUUGCCUUCAGCCUACAGAUGCAUUUCACACUGAUGAAACCAAGAACUUGUCAUUUAACAAAUGGCAGUGAUGGACUCCAUCUUCUUCUGCAUUUGUGAUGGGUACAUAAAGCCACAUAGCCCCAAACACACGUGUUACACAGGAGGAAACACCUCAGUUGCCAGUUAGCGCAGGAGGGAACUUCUUGCUGUCCCAGCUGCUUCUGCAGGCUGUACCUGCAUGGCUGAAUCACUUAUUCUCUCUUUAGAAGGGAGAAUUUUUGAUUGGAAGCACUCUUAGCCCAACAGGCCUUGCCAUCAGUGACUAGGAUGUGCUGUAUGUUAGAGAGUUUAGGUAUGAAUCCUCUAUGGGAGGAAGGCAGAAAUGGUUCAUGGCUUAAUUGCUGUCUGCAUUACUUUGCCCAAAUUUUAACACUUGCUUUGCUUAUACCUGUCCUUUCUGCACUGAACAAUCUAUGAAUAUUUAAUAUUGGAAUGUUUUAAUUGCCAGUAAGUGCACCAUGGUCAGAUACUUUACGCUGUACUUUAGUACAUUUGAUGUGCUCAGUGGUUUCUCUGUGGCCUCUGCUACUGUCUGGUCUUCUGCUUCCCUGCUGGAGAUGUGGAUCUUAGUCAAAUCUGAACAUCUUGAACUGCUUUUAAAAAUACCUGUGCAUUGAUUGUCCUGUGUUCUUAAAUCUGUAAAUACUGCUAAAGAUGUCAAUAAUGCAGAACUAUCAUUCAAAAAUAAAUGUUUCAAUUAACAGACCAAUUGUCAUUUGUCAAUGGCUAGUUCGAUUUCUUUCCUUCUUUUCCACCGUUUUUAGUUCUUCUGUCCUUAUGAAUAUAAAAAAAAGUUAAGACCGUGACACCUCCAAUAAACAUAAAGUUUAAUUUCUUGACUAUACACAGUGAUACGUAUUUUUGUGGCAUCAGAAUCAGCAGCCUGGUACGGUUAACACUGCCAUAUGCUAAUACGUGUGCUAACACGCAGUGACUGACCUGCACUGAACUGACACAGGAAGGAUGGGAGAACAGAAUUCACACUGCUGCUUUGAGAAGGUUGAGGCAGACAGGAUUUAAAAGGUGAGAUUUUUGAAAGCUGUCUGGAGCACAUGGAUUCCCAAAUCCCAUUAAAUCGUGUUCAAGCAUGAAUUUUCAAAAGCACUUGGGGUACCUUUAGAGGUCUAGAGGCCAGCUUUUCAAAGACACUUGUUUCUCUGUUAAGUGAAACCAGCUGGAUUUAGGUACUUUACACACAUCUAGUUUCUUGCAAUUGAGCUUUCAUUAAAACAUUUAAAAAGCAUUUCCUUGUGCAUGCUUUCAGAAAAGAGCUGUUAGCAAACUUUCCUAACUGUAACCUAAUUUGCUGUGAGGCUUUGAUUAAAAACACUUCUAACAUUACAAUGCAGCUCCGUAUGGAGUCAAGCUGAAAAUAAAAUCCACAAAUGAAGUAGCAGUGAAACUGAAAAGAUUAUUUAAUUGGGAAUGUAUUAAAAAAUGUUCUUGAAUAUAUAAAACAAUUUCAAAAUAAAAGAGUCUGAUAUUUUUUUUACACAUGUAUAAAACAUCACUGAAAGUCAAGAA